AUGGAAGCGGCCGUCGAAAAUCUCGAAGCCUCUGCCUCGGUGGACCCGACGUCGACCAUCGGCCGAGAAAGAGCUUCCAAGAAGAAUGUCAAAAUAACUGGCAGUUUCUUACGGGCUUCCAGUGAAAAUCUCGCACAAAGACAUUGGAUUCGGCUUCAAGCUGUUCUUCAAAGCUAUUGGUUGGCCAACUUCAUGGCUGCGCUGAUACUCAUCGAUGCGUACUGCACGAUGGUAGACAUUGAUGCAACGGCUUCGCGGACGACGCCGCCACAGAUCUUCGCCUUCAUCUCAGACUUUUGCUUGGUAGUUUACACCCUUGAAGUCACUGCCCUGACUGCUUGUUUUGGUUGGAGAAUGUUUCUGAGCGAUGGUAUGAUGAUUUUGGACGUUGUGAUCGUCGGAUGUGGCUGGGCAGAGAAGCUCAUCUCCUCGCUGGCUGACGGGGCCCUCGGCUUCCGCACGGCAGUGCUGCGAGCCCUGCGGCUGGUGAGGAUUUUCAGGCUUAUGCGGUUGUUGAAAAGGAUACGACCUUUACGAGAGUUGCACAAGCUCGUCAUGAUGAUGGCAACGUGCUUCAGGGCACUGCUGUGGUCUUUUUUGCUCUGCUUCGUAGUGAUGACAGUGUGGGCAAUGCUGAUGGUGGAGGUGGUCAAUCCGCAUGUGCAAGAGAUGCACAGGGACCCAAACCUAGAUGUGUUUAACGACUGCCAUCCGCAAUGUACGAGGGCGGUGUCAUCCGUGAUGUAUGCCAAUCUGCUGUUGUUCAAGACAGUGAUUGCUGGCGAUAGCUGGGGUGAGAUAGCUGUUCCAGUCAUCCAGGAGCAUCCAGCAACGGCCGUGAUUUUCAUCGGCUCUUCAUUGACAUUGGUCUUCGGAGUCCUGAAUCUUAUUGUUGCGGUGGUUGUCGACACGUUUGCAGAUGCCCGGCUGAACGACGUCCAGAAUUUGGCCGAGGAAAUGGAAGACGAAAUCGAACAUGACAGAAAGGCCUUGGGCAAGCUAUUCGCGAGAAUCGACAAGGAUGGGAGUGGGCAGCUCUCCCUCCAGGAACUUAUUGAAGGAGCACGGCACGACCAGGGCUUUCAAAGCCGACUACGAGUUAUGGACAUCGAUGAGCAAGACCUAGAGCAGCUCUUCCACAUGAUCGACCAAGAUCAGUCUGGAACAAUCGAGGUGGCUGAGUUCAUUGGUCCUCUCAGCAGAUGGGCGCAUGAUUCCAAGACUGCUCCCCGCUUCAUUAAGUACAACAUGAUACAAACGAUGCAUCUCCAAGAAGAUCUCUAUGACCUUUCCGUGGAGUGCUUUCAGCAGUUGGCUGCGAGGGUUGAAGACUUGUCGGUUCAAGUCCGCAUGCUCAAGCAGGGCAAUCCGAAGGGCCAAGGCCAGGGCCACGAGCAUGAGCUCAGUCAUGACGUCGAAUCUGGUGAAGUGCAAAAGUCGGACUCUCUCGCAUCCGACACUCCGACAGAGGAUCUGCAAGAGUGUCAGUCCCGACUCGAUCCCAGCCAAGCGGGCAGUCGUUCCCACAGUCUCAACACACCGGCGUGGCUAACACAUCAUGGGAAGCUGGAGGCACCUCUCGUCCAUCAGCCGAAUACUUCACACCAAGUGGAAUUCCUGGAACCUCACAAGGCACAGGAGCGGAGCGAGGAGGCUACCGAGGCCCUUCUUGAUGCUGCGAUGUCCAGGCUUGAGGCCAAGUUGGACCUGCUGCUAGCUGAGAGUCGAGCCCGACCCAGAGAUGCUCUGCAUCCAGGAGUUGGAAGUGAAGAAAUGGGCAUUUUUGCAAGGGAGCGCAAACAGCGGAAGAAGGGUGGCAAGAAGAUGCUACAUCCCGAGGCAUUCCGAAGCAUGUACAUGAAUCACGGCCGCCAAAUCUCUGUGCUGGAUCUGCGAGCCGUCAGCGAUCCAGAUGGACACGCUCCGCGCCGGAGAAGUCUCCGCCAUUCCAGAGACGAGGGUGGCUUUAUGUCCUUUGCUAGGCAGAUGAGCCCGUUCCACACAGAAGAUGCCAGUUUCAAACCAGUUUCACCCAAAGGCCAAUCCGGCCAAUCGCCGAUUGAUAUUUAA